AUGAAGAAUCCUAGCUACAAACCAUUCACUUUCAUGCUUUUUGUUCUUGUGGUGAAUUACGUGCAAUUCACGGAGGUCGAAGCGCAUAGUUGCCGCAGCAGUCGAAUCAGGGGGAGGAAACCGCCGCCCGGACAGUGCUACACGGGUGACGGCUCGGACUGCUGCAUCGAAGGCAAAAUGUACCCUGUCUAUCGGUGUUCACCACCGGUGUCUGGUCACACUAGUGCCCACCUCACUCCUAAUAGCUUUGAGAAGGGCAAAGAUGGUGGCGGUCCAUCGGAAUGCGACAAUAAGUACCAUUCCGAUGACUUACCAAUCGUGGCACUAUCCACAGGCUGGUUUGACAACAUGAGCAGGUGUCAUCACAACAUAACCAUUAAUGGCAACGGGAGGAGCGCGGUGGCCAUGGUGGUCGACGAAUGUGACUCGACUAUGGGAUGUGAUGCGGACCAGGACUAUCAGCCUCCCUGCUAUAACGACAUUAUCGAUGCGUCUAGAGCCGUGUGGGAAGCCCUGGGCGUGCCUAAAGACAACUGGGGAUGGAUGGACAUAACAUGGUCCGAUGCUUAA